AGAGAUGCUCUUAAAUGAACAAUGUCAAGUCAAAUGAGGGUUAGGCUCGGGGUCUGGUGCUACUAUGAUACUAAAUUUCAACUUUAUGUGAUCUUUGACCCUUACAUACAGUCACCUUCAUAAAUAUUGGAACAGAAGCACAUUUUGUGUUACAUAGUUUAUAGUGCACACCCUCAGCUUUACUCAGAGGGCAUUCACAUCCAGAUUGUCUAAAUAGUUAAGGACCCUGCUAAAAAAAACAGCAUACCAGCAAGACCAGCAUAUGUUGUGUUUUGGUGCUUAUUUGCUAGUGCAGUGGUUCUUAACGUUAUUCCUGGAGGCCCACUGCCCUGCACAUUUUGUAUGUCUCCCUUAUUUAGCACACCUAAUUCAAAUCAUCAGCUCAUUAGAAGAGAUCUCCAUGAACUGAAGUGAGUCUGUCAGACAAAAGAGACAUACAAAAUGUGCAGGCCAGUGGGCCUCCAGGAAUAACAUUAAGAACCACUGUGCUAGUGAACACCAGCUAAACCAGCAUAGACCAGCAUAAUUCCCAUGCUGGUCCAUGCUGGUUUGAUGCUGUUUUUUUCAGCAGGGGAAUAACAGCCAUUUAAUGUAACUGCCCCUUUUAGAUAUACAUCAAAACACAACAAAUCCAUCAGAGAGAUGGCAGGAACCUUAAGAGUGACCAGAUCAACAUUCUAACUAAAAAAACACAAUGGUGAGCAUAGCAACAUAAAAAUCCUGUACACCUAUAUAGGAUAACAGUGGUGGAUGAUCUUAUUUUACUCUCACAUUUUAAACUGCCUAAACCAUUCAUCCAAACUGGAUGUGUGCACUUUAAGCCUAUAUUUACUAUAUGACUUUAACUGGAAUAAAUUUUGGUAAACAGCUUAAAUAACACAAAACCUGCUUCUGUUUCAAUACUUAUGGAGGUGACUGUACAUUUUCCAGGUAUACUUUAUUAUUUUUCAUAUAAUUUAUUCUAUUGUCAUCACUAGUGUUAUGCUGUCUAUUUUGGAGGUUGAUGGAGUUUUACUGAAGUCAGAUGUUGUAUUACCUGGCCACACAGACAUGGUCACUUGGAGGGAGACAGCUAUUUGGUUAAAGGCAGGGUAUCUGAUUUGAUCCAGAAACACUUUUAGUUAUGCUGAUUAAAAGUUUCCUCACAUCCUGAUAGCAAUCACUAUGUUAAGUUGUUUGAAUGUAUUUGUUGAAAUUUCUGUCAUCUGUGAAAGGCGUAGGACCAAAAAUUUUUAAACCAAUCAUAGAUCUCGGUUCGAACGGAUGUUGUCUUUUUUGUCCCUCAUCCGUAAGCAUAAUUUGAAUGUCACUGCGCAGCUUGUUCACGCAGACACCAUACAUCAUCGGUGUGUUCACGUGCGCUCAUCUCCUGUCUGUAAACAGAGGGAUAAUGACAAACUUUUCUGCUGAAUUGACAACCUGCACAGGAGCCACACAACGAAAGAAAUCUUUUAUAACAACAACAGCAAAACUGUCUGGCUCAGCAAAGAGCAAAAACACAAAUGAACAUCGGCAACUUGCUUUACCACGAGAUGCAAACAGCUGCAGGAGGCAAAGGGUCUAAAAGUUUAUUUUGGUAAGACAGGUACACGAUAUGUUUGUAUUGAGAUGGAUUCAGAUAUUCUACUUUGAUGAAACAUUGUGUUGCUUCUGAAAUUUGUGUUCGUUUAUGGAUUAGCAUAACGAUAUAGUUAUGUUACUAUGUCUACACAGCCGAAAGUGUUCUUUAAUUCUGAUGUAAAACAGUUGUUUAUGUUGGUUAUUUUGGUAAUGUUAUUCACUUUGUACUGCAAAGUUUUCUCACUGGUGAACGAGACAUGAGAUGUGACCGUCUGAUCUGUGCGUGUUCAUGUGUUUUGAAAGAGGUGUGACUUUGGAUGGCAAUUUGAAUGGAGAGGGGCAUCGUGAUUUCAUUGCUAUUCGGCUACCGUUAGCAAUUUAUAACUAAAUUAGUUAUAGGGCUGAUAGCACAAUGCUAUCUUCCAGUCACUCACACAGUAUGUCCUGUGGUCGACUGCAUAAACUGUUUAGACUAGUCAUACAAGUUAGUAAUCUAUUUUCUUCAAAACUGGUCAAGACUGAUCUCAUUUCAAUCCAAAAUGUACUGAUUAGCCCUAGUUGAUUAGACUAGUUCUUAAGACACAGUACAUAGUGGCCAAACUAAGGUUGAAUGCCCUGUGUUAUAAACAGUGACAUGUUUGAUUAGUCUUGCAUAUUUGGUUAACUCCAAAAUGGAAUCAGUAUUGUCGCUUAACUACAGCUGCUUGACUUCUCAGCAUAAGGAUCAUUAUGAAAUUAAUAUUAUUCAUUAAUAUUUGAAAUUUAAAAGUGGGUUUACCCCAUGCCAUCUAAUAAAGUGGGUAUACUCUGUAUAUACCUUGCACUACACAACUGUUUGUAGCCACACAUUAAAGUAAAUGUACAUCCAUAUAACUUCAGCUCACAAACGAAUAACACUGUACCUCUGUGAGCCAGUUAAGUACAUUAAAUACAGUGUAGACAUACUAAUUUAAUCGAAGUUUAGUUUAGUCUUCAUUUUCUCAUAUAAUUCCAAUAUAAAGAAUUGUUUAAUCAAUGCAUCAUUUACAUACUGUAUUAUAAUCACUAAAUUUUUGCAUAUAAUGCUUAAUGGUACUGCUUUUGUAAAUUUACUUUAAUAAAAGUUUUAAUGCAGGCCUUUAACAAAAUGAAUACAGUGUUAAAAUAUCAUAUAUUUUUCACUACAGUUAUAUUUAAAUGAAUGGUUAAAUCUGACGUAGGUUAAGAUCUUAUUAAUGUUGAAAAAGUCAAGAUUCUUCCAUGUGAAACACUGUGACAAUAUUGUUGUGAUACAAAAUCAACGCCCAUCCCCCAUUGCCCCAGACUAGCGCUACACUGCACGUGUUUGCGUCGCCCAACCCCCACUCCUCAGACCAGCGCUACACUGCACGUGUUUGCGUCGCCCAACCCCCACUCCUCAGACCAGCGCUACACUGCUACACUGUUUCCCCAUCCCCCAUUUCACUGCACUGCUCAUCAGCGUUUGUUUAUAACUCAUGGUUGAUGGAGCGAUUUCAGAGAAGAUUGGAGAGACUUAGACAGCAUCACAAUAAAUGCGCAAGCCGUUUUGAACAAACUUUUCUUCGUCAGGUAAGUGUUUCUAACAUUAUUAUUUAUCUUCAUAUUUAUUUAAAUGCAUGUUUUUGUUUUAAUUGUCUUAAUUGUCCAGAAAGCAUAAUGCAUAUCAAUUCACAGACUAACUGUCGUUUUUGUAAAACAUCUCAAUGUUUUAACCCUUGUUUAAUGUUUUAAGAUUGAAUCAGAACUUAAGACCAUAGAUCGUAACAUCAGUACAGCCUGUAGGCCUCACUUUAAGAGUCAUGUGAUCAUAGAUUAAGAUGAAUUAGGAUGCAUUCAUUUGGUUGUAUUUGUGCAGUCUGUACAUUUUGAUAUGUUUAAUAUGUGUUAUGCUGAUAUACAUUUUCAAUCUUGGUGUCCAGGAAACAAUGGGAGAGCGUUCAACACAGGUGAAGGUCCCACACUGAAUUCUGUGGGUGUCUCACCGAGAACAAAGAAAAAGAGAGUAAAGCUGGCUGAGGAUGGAGGUUCUGAUCUCUCCUCCCCUGAAAAGACACGUCAAUCAUGCCAUGAAGCUGAUGGUUCAGAUGUAGAUGAUGAUUGUUCAGGAGCAAACCUGAAGAAAAACCCCACACCAAAUAAGAACAGACGACGACGACAGACCAAGAGUGGGGAAACAAAGUAUGAAGGUUUUGAUCUCUUAUCCCCUGAAAAGACACGUCAACCAUGCCGUGAAGCUGAUGGUUCAGAUGUAGAUGAUGAUUGUUCAGGAGCAAACCUGAAGAAAAACCCCACACCAAAUAAGAAAAGACGACGACGACAGACCAAGAGUGGGGAAACAAAGUAUGAAGGUUUUGAUCUCUCAUCCCCUGAAAAGAGACUUAAAUCAUGCCAUGAAGCUGAUGGUUCAGAUGUAGAUGAUGAUUGUUCAGGAGCAAACCUGAAGAAAAACCCCACACCAAAUAAGAAAAGACCACGACAGACCAAGAGUGGGGAAACAAAGUAUGGAGGUUCUGAUCUCUCCUCCCCUGAAAAGAGACUUAAAUCAUGCCAUGAAGCUGAUGGUUCAGAUGUAGAUGAUGAUUGUUCAGGAGCAAACCUGAAGAAAACCCCCACACCAAAUAAGAAAAGACCACGACAGACCAAGAGUGGGGAAACAAAGUAUGAAGGUUUUGAUCUCUUAUCCCCUGAAAAGACACGUCAACCAUGCCGUGAAGCUGAUGGUUCAGAUGUAGAUGAUGAUUGUUCAGGAGCAAACCUGAAGAAAAACCCCACACCAAAUAAGAAAAGACGACGACGACAGACCAAGAGUGGGGAAACAAAGUAUGAAGGUUUUGAUCUCUCAUCCCCUGAAAAGACACGUCAACCAUGCCGUGAAGCUGAUGGUUUAGAUGUAGAUGAUGAUUGUUCAGGAGCAAACCUGAAGAAAAACCCCACACCUAAUAAGAACAGACGACAACGACGACAGACCAAGAGUGGGGAAGCAAAGGAUGGAGGUGCUGAUCUCUCCUUCCUUGAAAAGCGACUUAAGUCAUGCCGUGAAGAUGGUAGUUCAGAAUCAGAUGUAGAUGAUGAGUGUUCAGGAGCAAACCUGCUGAAAAAAAACACACCAAAUAAAAAAAUAGGACGACAGACCAAAAGUGCCAAAGUGUCGGCCAAGGUAAAUGUGAAGAGACCAUGGAGUGAGGCAGAGAGGAGUGCAGUACACAAACACUUGGCCAAGUUUAUAGCCGAGCGCAGAGUUCCUGGAAAACUGCCAUGCAUGAAGUGCAUAGAGGAAGAAGAAGCCCUAAAUGAACGAUCUUGGAAGGAUGUGAAGAAUUUUGUGUACAACACAAUUGUAACUCUAAAUCGGAGAUCUGCUUCAAGAAAACUAAAAUUUUAAAGGCUAAAUGUGGUCUUCAUCUCAAUCUCUCUUUCUCUGUUUCUCACUUUUCCUUUUUUUUUUUGGUUUUAACAUUUUGUUGUAACGUUUACUGUUUUCUGAAAUUGUGAACAAAAUAAAUGUUCAUCUGGUUACUGCA